GGCGCCAUUAAUUUUUCUCUCCAUGUGUACGUCACACGUGUCUUAGUAUUAUUGUUUUGGUCCUUGACUACUUGCUUGUUUGCGUUGUAAAAUAUAGAAAUAGAUUCAUAACCAUGGAUUGUAAGAGCAAGAACGAAUCUCUCAUUCUGCAACUGUUUGAAGUUUCAGCUCUAAAGUUUGGAGAGUUUAAACUUAAAACAGGAAUCGUGUCACCAGUUUACGUCGACUUGCGGGUUGUGGUCUCGUACCCUUCGCUUAUGGUCAAGGUAUCAGAACUUUUAUGGGAAACCUGCGAUAAACUUGGCAUUAUUUACCACACUGUAUGCGGAGUGCCAUACACUGCCCUGCCUUUAGCAACAUGUAUAUGUGCACAACAUAAUCUACCCAUGCUUAUUCGGAGGAAAGAGGCAAAAGAUUAUGGAACAAAGAAAAUGUUGGAAGGAGUUUACAAAACUGGUGAUCGGUGUCUAAUAGUUGAAGAUGUAGUAACCAGUGGUUCAAGUGUGAAGGAAACAUUCGAUUUAUUGAAGGAACAUGGAUUGAAUGUAACAGAUGCUGUUGUGUUGCUCAAUAGAGAACAAGGAGGUCAAAGAAAUUUACAGAGAAAGGGAAUCAACUUGGUCAGUGUACUUACUUUAACUGAAGUAGUGACCACUCUGUUUCAACAUGGAAAAGUAACUGCAAGCGACCUAGAAAAGGUUAAGGAGUUCUUAGCAGCUAAUGACCUUUCGAAGAAGCCUGAAUACCAAAAUGAAAACAAAGAAAACAGCCAAACAGUAUUCCCAACCAAACCGAAAACAGACGAGCGAGUGUACAACGCUGCCAUCAAUAUCGGCUCCUCAUACAAGGAGCGUGGAAGUAAUUGCCAACAUCAGAUGGCAGCCAGGAUAUUUCAAAUAAUGGAAGAAAAACAAAGCAAUUUGUGCUUGUCAGCAGAUGUGGAAAGCUCUGUAGAAUUACUGGAGUUAGCAGAGACACUGGGUUCUGCUGUAUGCGCCAUUAAAACCCAUGUUGAUACACUGGCCGACUUUUCAUACAGUGUUGUUCAGAGAUUAGUGGAAAUUUCAAAACGACUUAACUUUGUCAUAUUUGAAGACAGGAAGUUUGCUGAUACUGGAAACACUGUAAAAGCUCAAUACAGCGGUGGUAUGUUCAAGAUAUCAGAAUGGGCCGACCUAACCAACGCACACACAAUAUCCGGCCCUGGGGUGGUACAAGGGUUAAAAGCUUGUGUAAGGGAUAAACCAGAAAAGGCCUGUUUACUGAUAGCUGGGAUGAGCCCAAAGGGAAAUUUAAUCAACCAAGCUUAUACUGAUGCUACUGUGCAGAUGGCUGAAGAAAAUUCUGAUUAUGUCAUUGGGUUUAUUUGCACAAAGAAAGUUUCAAAUAAUCCGUCUCACAUUCACUUUACACCAGGAGUUAAACUUCAAGUCGGUGGGGAUUCACUUGGCCAGCAGUAUCUUACUCCCGACGAGGUGAUAGGAAAAAGAGGCGUUGACGUUAUUAUAGUCGGUCGUGGAAUUGUGGAAAGCGAAAAUCGAGUAAAGACAGCCAACGCGUAUCGGGCCGCUGGAUGGCAAGCCUACCUUAAAAGAUUACAGAAGAAAUAAAAACAGGUACAAAGCGCUGUUGAUCCGCCAGAAUUUGUUCUGAUAUCAGAAUAUCGUGUUAAUAUUACGUGCAAAUAAUACAUACCAUUCAAACUUGAUGCAAACUUUAUGAUUCCGUGGAGCCGAACAUUUUCGAGGUGUUUACUUAAUGAAGUUAGAGCAUAACUUUUUUAUUCAUUAUUUAAUGCUGGUUUGAUUUCUGAGCAAUUCUUAUGGAAUUUAACACAGACGCUAAAUGUUUAUGGUUUCCAUGGAACGAUGUUCAAACUACCGAGUUAACACCCAAAUCGCAUAUAUGUCAUUACGCACUUCCGAGUAUUAUAGUGAACUCUUAUCUCCUGUUACAAAUUCUAGGAAUACAAUGCGUUUCUUACAACACAGCACUUUCUACCUUGACCCCUGGAAAUUAAAAUUUCUUUC